AGCAGAGACAACACAUGACCUUAAGCCUGUGUGGUCUGACCGAGCAUUGGUCACGCUGCACCACCCCUCAGCAGCUCAACCAAUAAGAUUGAAGCCCAGCACCACAGCAGAGCAAGGUGUCAAAACAUAGUAGAAUUAGAGUUCCUGGAAGUUUGCCAGAAGAGUUGUACUUGACUUUCCAAGGACAGAAAGUUGGUUGAAGAGGAAUUGUAAAGGAAGAAGACGUAGCUGUUGUGCUUCGGUUUCUCGUGAGUUUGCUUCCACAGCCUAAAUCAAUGGCGGAACAAGAGUGACAUUUGGACUUUGAUUGACUGAUCAGAGUCGCUACCUCCGCACCGACAUGUGUCCAAGCUCUGCCAACAGGACUUUAAGAUUGUACUGCACGAUCAGGCAGCUAAUGAGCCUUCUCAGGAAGCAUCCUCGUCUCGCCAAGGCCUCGCUCUACAGAUAUUCACUGCCGUCACCCACUUAUCCUUCCAGAUUCAGCAGAAAAGCCACCGUUCGAAAAUUAAACCGCGGUGACACGGGAUUUAACGCUCCCAGCUUCAAACAUCCCCAGGUUGUGCGUUUUUACUCCUCCUCCAAUAGGGAUGUAUUCAAAGCCGAAGCUCCCAUUGGGAUCUUUGAGGAGGCACAGAGCAGUGUUCAUUGGAGUCCACUGGGAGGACGUCUCGGCCAAUCAUUUCAUCGACUGUCCAGACACAUUAACAACUACUUCAAGAGUAAGGACAAUGUACCUCUAGCUGCAAAUGCCUGUCUUGUUGCCGCGGCUCCGGCAUUCUCCGGCAGGUCCCAGAGGCGCAGUCUGAGUCAACGAGGAGUCAGAGAGAAAAGUGUCUCCGAGGACAAAGACACCCCACUGGUCCCUGAAUGCAAAAACCAACAGGAGAGCUCAGUAAAAAGUCCUUCAACCCAGGAAGGGCCUGCCCUGCAAUUAUUUCACAUCAGCUCUUUGGCAACCAGAUUCGGAGAGAGCUACAUUUACGUGGCUAAUCACAUAAACUCCGCCUUUUCCCAGGGUUUGACCAAAGUGGAAUUAGAGGAGAAUGACAUAGGGACAAUAGGGACACACAGGAGGCAGAGGAGAAAGAAAAUGUCAAACACUUGUAUUGUAAACUCUAAAGAAGUGAAAUCCAGUGUUGAACAGGCAACAGUUGAACAGAAAGAUUUCUCCAGCAGCUGGGAGGAGGGCUACCUUCACUUUGCCAGACACAUCAAUAAAUACUUUGGUGCAAAGGUGUCAGAUGAGGUUCAGAGCAGGAGAGAGGAACUUCCCGUGGAAAAGACUUCUCAACGUUCAACACAGUCUACCUCACAAACUCAAGGGCCGAUGUCCCGACUGAAGCAAGAAACCCCUGAAGCUGGAGGCCUUUUCCACAGCAGCCACGUCGCAACAAACUUUGGGGAGAACUUUUUCCAGACGGCCAGUCACAUCAACCAGUAUUUCAAUGGUCAGAGUGAAGUGGAUGAGGAGACUGAUGGAAAAUCUGUGGAUUCAGGAUCUGAAAUCUCUGAGAAACUCGCAAAACCCUUGACUUUAUUGGAUUUCCUUCGCCACCCUACAAGUGCCAUCCCUGACUUCCUGGGAACUUACCUCAAACUGGGCCCUUUGUCCCAGACUCGUGUUACAAGACCUGCCAUGACCUCACGGGGGGCGAUAUUAAAUAAAAAGAUCCUCUUGAAUCGGAGGCAGGUGGAGGAACUCACAUGUGGGUUGAUUGGCAGUCUGGAACUGGCCUCGUCUCCAGGAGCUCUGGUCGCCUGCGUGGAGGCGCUCAACGAACACCUCAUCCUUCACCCCUCAUGCAAAGCUUUAAUGUGGCAGGACAGAACUGCUGUCACACUGCUGAGGAAGAGACGAAGCUACAGGGACGACCAGGAUCUUCAAAACGCCUUGAGAGAAACCUUGGCUCUGAUUGGCUAUGUGGAGCCAGUCAAAGGUAGCGGCAUUAGGGUGCUCUCGAUCGAUGGUGGUGGCACAAGAGGAGUGGUGCCUCUGCAGGUGUUAAAGCUACUGGAAGAAGAAACUGGCAGAAAGAUCCACGAGCUGUUUGACUACAUCUGUGGCGUGAGCACAGGUGCCGUCCUGGCCUUCAUGCUGGGCCUGGCUCGCUUUUCCCUGGAGGAGUGUUUCGACAUGUAUCGUCGAUUUGGCUCCGAGAUGUUUCGUCAGAACCCGCUGGUCGGGACCGUGAAGAUGGGCUGGAAUCACUCCUACUACAGCACUGAGACGUGGGAAUCCAUAUUACGAGAAAAGCUGGGAGAUAAAGUUCUCAUUAAAACAGCCAGAGAUGAGUUGAGUCCAAAGGUUUCUGCAGUGAGUGCAGUGGUAAACUGGGGCACCAGUCCGAAGGCCUUUGUCUUCCGCAACUACAACCACACCCCCGGCUCUCUCAGCCGCUACGCAGGAGGCUCAGGAUACCAGAUGUGGGAGGCGGUCAGAGCAUCAUCAGCCGCCCCAGGAUACUUCCAGGAGUUCACACUGCAAAGUGACAUCCACCAGGAUGGAGGAAUCCUCCUGAACAACCCCUGUGCCUUGGCCGUCCACGAGAGCCGUCUGCUGUGGCCCAACCAGCCCUUCCAGUGUGUGCUGUCCCUCGGCACCGGUCGCUAUGAGAAUACAAAGAGGGGCCCCGCCACCUCCACCAGCCUGCGGGCCAAAAUCAGCAACCUGAUCUGCAGCGCCACAGACACCGAGGGGGUCCACACCCUGUUGGACGACCUGCUCGCCCCAGACAUCUACUUCCGCUUCAACCCCAUGCUGAGCGCCGUGGUGUCGCUGGACGAGAGCCGGCCGCGCGCCAUGGACCAGCUGCAGAGAGACACACAGAUCUACCUGGAGAGAAACCGGCUCAAGUUGGCGAGGCUCUGUUUGGUGCUCGGGCCAGAGCGGUCGGCUGUGAGCAGAACUAAAGACUGGAUGAGCGAGCGGGCCUGGGAGAUGAAACAGAGAUGGGUGUGAAGAGGAGCAAGGCAAAUCUACGAGAAGAUGCAUGUGCCUCUGUCCAGGUGCUCACACACACAGACUGUGGACACAUGAGUGCACCAACACUGAUCAGCUGAAACAUUAAAACCUCCUACCUGUUUUAGAUUGGUGAAAUGUAUAAGGAGGUUAUGUUUUUAACUCUGUCUGUUUAUUUUCAAGCAAGAUUCAGAGAAGAGACAGUUACAUUUUGGUAAAGAUCACGUUUUCUUUAAAAUUGUAUUUAACACUGUGAGAUGUGAGAUGGCGUUUUUGCACAUUUUCACCAUUUUCACAGGGAACCUUCUAAUGAGAGCUCUUCUAGUUACUGCUGCUUCAACUCUGUCAGCAUCCACUUCAUCCAGAAGAUGGAGGCAGCUGAUAUAUUUAUUUUCAUACCACUGUGAUACCACAUCAAGUAUAUGGCUGCUGACUUUUACUUUUUUCUAUAGAUCUGGAUAUACAGUACAGUUCCCAACCAAAAAAUUUGGCGUAAAAAACAGUGGAUUGCAUGUUUUGCAUGCAAAUACCUGUAAAACUGAAACAUAAAAGUCUAUGCAGUUUUUGUAAUGUCCACAAUAGCCAGUAUUUUGAAACCUGGUGUACUUUGAUUGGCUGCAUGUUCCUUGUGAAGUGAAAACAAGAGUUAUUCUUUGAAAGAAUAAUUUCAUUUUGAGUCAGAUGUCCAGUGUUUUGGUAAAGUUAGUGUGUGCAGAGAAAGAUGUCUUCUAUUUUGAAAUGAAGAGUUAGUAUAUAGUUAACAAAAUGUGCUUUUGAGAAGAAAAUAAUCUAUUUGGCCAAUUGUGUUUUGUAGGUGUAAGUCUGUGUUAAGAGUUUAGAAAAAGUAUUUUAAGUAUAGGUAAGCGCCCGUUAGCGAUGGAAAAAAACUGUAAGUUGGACCCAAGCAUGAGCUGAUUUGGGUUUGAUGUUGGCUCCUUGAAUAUGAGAUCCCAUCAGGGAAUUUCUAUUUAGAUUUUGGCCAAUUGUCACUUAGACAUCAAAGAUUAAAUGUCUCAGGGUGGUAAUUUUAGUUUUAGCUAUUAUUCCAGUUUCCUAAGUAUGAAAAUAUGAAUUUCCCUUGUUGUCCAAUGAUGAAAAAACUCCAAACAAGACAAAAACAAUAUGCUUAAAAGUGUCACAUUAAAAAGUUAAUAUGAUCAAAAAAAUAUCACUGGUGUUUCUCUCAUAACAAGGCAGCUUUGUUUUAAUUUCAGUACGAGAAAAGAAGGACAUCUCACUGGAGCCGGUAGAUGACAAAGACUAAGAGGGAUCAUUCGAUUAUCGGUAAGAAGUGAAGGAAAGAGCUGGUUGAAAAUAAACAAAACAAACAAACAUCAAUACACAUUCUGUAUGAAACUGUGCAUUUUUGUUUUCAAGUUGUCAGUUCAUAAUAUAAAUGAUGCUCUUGUGAAGAUAUAAUUGUGCAGUAACAAAUACACUGGCCAUUGAGUUCCUUUGAAGAUGUGCAGUAGCAUUCUCCUUGGUGAAUUAAAGCUGCUCUGUGGAGUUAUCAUAUAAAAUAAAUAUACAUUUCUAAGUUUC